AUGCACGACCACACUUUUGGUGUCAAUAUCCCAGGUGAUAAGCACGAGUUCGAUCCUGAAAAUUGGUCAUCACUCACAAACGGAAACGCCAAUAGCCAUGAACACGUCAAUGGCUCGUCAAACUCCAACCCACAACGACACCCUGAGACAGGGAUUGAUGUUCUCAUCGUCGGUGGCGGCAUGGGAGGGUUGAUGACGGCUUUGGAAUGCUGGCGCAAGGGACACAACGUGGUGGGCAUUCUAGAGCGCAAUGACGGUCCAGUUUAUUCCGGAGAUAUUAUUGCUAUCCUGCCCUCGGUCACUUCUAUCAUCCGCCACUGGCCUGACAUGCAACAUGACCUUGAAGCAGACCAAGUUCAUGUGGACCUCACUUAUGAGACUCACGAUGGCAAACACAUCUUUGGUCCCACUACACCAUCAUUCAAUGACCCAGAGCACCUGACUGGGAGAAAGGGUCCAUCGCUGGCGGCGGCUCAAAUUCGUCACAAGUUCUUCCGCAUGUUCCUCAGGCAAGUGGCUAGGAUCGGGCUACGGAUCGAGUACGGAGCCCAGGUACGGGAUUACUUCGAGGAUGAGGUCGCCGGAAAAGGUGGCGUGAUAUUAGCACCCAAAAAGGGUUCCGGAGAGACCAUCAUCCGUGUCGCCGACAUCGUGGUGGCCGCGGACGGUAUUCGCUCACGCUCAGAAACGCUCAUCUCCGGUAGCCCCGAGCCGCAGCCCACGACGUCAAGCGGUAUGUCCAUAUAUCGCUGCUCAUACACACGUUCGCUGGCCAUGAAGGACCCCGUAGUGCGCCAGCGUUGGGCUGAUGCAGACUCAAAGUCAUGGGAGUUCUGGCUCGGCCCUGGUAUGUACAUGGGUAUAUUCAUGUCGCCGGAGCUUGUGGCGUGGGGUUUCACGCCGCGCGAGGAGCCCGAAGGCGACGAUGCUACCGAGUCGUGGGAGCCUGACGUGGACCCAGACACAGUAGCCGACAUGAUGGUGUCGGCUGCACCGGACUGGCACCCAGCGGUGGCGGCGCUGGUGCGCACGGCGCCGCGCGGGGCUGUCGUCCACUGGCCGCUCCUAUGGCGCAACCUGCGGCGAACAUGGACGAGCCACGGUGGGCGGGUCGUUCAAGUUGGUGACAGCGCACAUACAUUCACGCCGACGUCGGGCAACGGCGCGACACAAGCUCUUGAGGACGCUAUUACGCUCGCGACGUGCCUUCAGCUCGGAGGCUCACCGCGCUCCGCAGGAGUUGCCGCCAGGGUGUACAACCUGCUGCGGUACGAGCGCGUCAGCUGCGCGCAGAAGAUGUCAUUUGUUAAUGCCGAGCUCAAAACCGACACCAACUGGGAUGCCAUUUGGGCGGACCCGGCCAAGAUUCGAACCCGGUUCCCUGCUUGGAUCUUCAGCCAUGAUCCUGAAGCGUAUGCGUACGAGAAGUACGGCCAAGCAUUUGCUCAUCUGGUUGCUGGCGAGGAAUUUCAGAACACAAACACGCCGCCUGGACACAAGUUUGUGCCCUGGACUAUUGAGCAGCUGUACAAGGAUAUUGCACAGGGAAAGAGGAUGGAAGAUCUACUUGAUGGCGACUGGUCUUAG